AUGGCAGUGAACUUUUGGACGUCAUCCCAUAGAAUGCAUUGGUUGCUUAGUCGGCAAGAUCUGAUAGAAAGCAGGAAAGAAGACUCACUCUAUAUCACCGAACAGGAACUAAUAAAAGUUAAUAUAUGGUUCGCCAAAA